AAGUCGAAGUCAUCGUUGCAUGUGAUAUUCAUUGACCUGACCAGCGAUGGCCACGUUCGAAUACGUGGACAUACCUGCAGAGGCCAUCCGACUGGCACCGUCCUCGCAGGGAGAACAUUCUGUGAGACCAGCACCCAAGAUACCCACCACGUUCCCAGAUCCGUCAUCUGCGUCUGGCUUUUUCUCAUGGCAUUCGUAUAUCGACAGCUCGUCGUCGGAGAACGAUGCUACUCCGUUGAGCCUAUCCAAAACUUCCCUCUCAAUCAUCCCACAGAUACUUCUAUCGACGUCCGUUCCGACCGCUGCUACGUCCGCCGCGACUAGCGCCCCCUCCAGCACAGGUCUAUCGUUGUUCACCACUAGUCCAAGGUCAGGACAAACUUCACAAAAGCUCCUAAGUGCACGCGACCCACUUUCUCUUCCCAUCAUGACAAACAAUUUCCGCCGGUUCGUGGCAAAGGUGGGACCGGUAUUUUGGUUGCAGGAUAGAAUAGAAGAAAUCAUCCUAUGGAAAAGGGGCUGGAAAAGAACUGCCGUCUGGUUAGCUGUUUAUGGUUUCAUAUGCUACUACCCCAAGUUUAUACUGCUCUUGCCCCAUGUAUUGCUAUUGGGCAUCAUGCUGGCUUAUUACCCUGCGCCGGGGUCACCACCUAUCCCGCUAAACAUCAGUGAAGGAACGGUCGAUUGGCAAGCCAAUAUACAGGCGAUACAAAACCUCAUGGGAGCUUUUUCCGAUGCCCACGACGCAGUCCUUCCUCUUCUCCCUUUACUCGGCUCCUCAAAACUGCGAUCUUCCACUUCUACUCAUUCUACUUCUACUUCUACACCGCCGUCUAAGUCCGCGCCAAAGUUCGCCUCCUCGGCCACGUCCUCUCUUUCUGCCCAGCAGAAGUUAGGUUUAUCAUCGACGCCAACAACGCAACGUCCAGAAACCGAACCAGCCGCUACACUUAACUCGAGUUUGGAACAGAAAAUUAAUGGUGCUCAAGUGCAGUCGACAGUGCAAAUAUCUUCAUAUCCGCCCCAUCCCACAUUGAUGCUCACUCUCACUUCCUUCCUCAUCCUCCUUCCAGUGGUGAUGGCUGACAUUCUCCCAAUGAGACUUCUGUUCUUUUUCCUGGGCGUCGGGCCAGUGUGUGCCCUGCAUCCAAACGUACGGAAUGCCCUCACUGGUGCAUGGGUUGCACGCCACGCGGUACUGUCUUCCAACGUCUUGUUCUCGGUAUCCAUUCCUUUCCCCACGUUACCUCGACCUCACCUGCCUUUGUAUUUUCGUUACGGUGACAAUCGAAGAUCGCUCACUCAUCAAAAGAGGUACUUGCAUUUCCAGGUUACUCGGAAGAAUGUCCGUGCAGUGCUGCGCCGUUUCGUAGACAACGACAGACUAUUAGAUCAGGUAUGGCCGGCGCCGAUGUGCACCGUAGAGCUGUGGGAGAACGAGCGGUGGGAACCAACAAGCGGCGCAGCCCCAAGCGGAGGUAGACGAGCGUCGCUUCUUGGUGGAUCCGGAGCUAGUGUUUUUUCAAGCUCGAGCGGCGGUAGCGAGGGCGGUGAUGGGGAAACUGAAUCUGGGGGUGUGAAGCCCAAGUCCACUAUACUACCUGUGGGUUCAUGGAGCAAGACGCAUCUUCGACAGAGUGAGCGUGCCCCAUGGACGAAGGGUCGGGACGGGUGGAGUGGAGUCGGUGGGGAAAUCAGCAACCUCACGUUUUCCCUUUCACCUGGCUGGGCAUUCGUCGAGACGGAAAGCUGGAGAGCCGAUUUGGAGGGCUGUUGGGUCCUCGAGGGCCAACAUCUAAGCAACGAACAUUCGAAUGUUGAGGCGGACCGUGUGUGUGCAGACGAAGAUGGUUGGGUAUAUACUACCGAUACUUGGUCUAAUCCCCGCCCAGACCCUUGUCCGAUGGAAGGAUGGGUCACGCGACGGCGACGUUGGAUUCGGAGGGUGUAUUGGAAGGGCUUGUGAGUAUUCGCCGUGGUAUGUGCAUACGAGUGGUGUACAGCUGGUGUAUAUACUGGCAAGCUCGUAACUCGCGACGCCAAUCUCCAAACGCGGAUAACUCCAGAUGCAUCCCAGACCGACGGUGAUCUUUCUGUAGGCGUUUCCGUGCUGCUUGACGGAAGCCCAUUUCGGUGGCUUUCUCCCUCACACGUCAUCGCCUGCGCAAUAUUGCUGAGGCAAGCCGGCGGGAAUAUAUGGCCAGAUGACGCACGCGUCUUCUUGCUAACAAUCAUGCUGAGGACAAAUCCAUGAGUGUGGGACUCGCUGAAACAACGUUGGGUAUGUUUGUUCCUCGGAUCUGAGAGAUUAGUAUGUUACUCUGUG